AUGCCGCUGCUGCUCAUCCUGGGGCUGCUAGGCCCCGUCACCUGCGGGGCCCUGGGCCUGGCCCCGGCCCCGUCGGAGCUGCGCUCGGCCUUCUCGGCGUCCCGCAGCAGCCCGCUGGAGGGCUCGUCCGAGCUGCCCGUCACCUUCGACCGGGUGUCGGUGAACAUCGGCGGCGACUUCGACGCGGCCACGGGGCGGUUCCGCUGCCGCGUGCCGGGCGCCUACUUCUUCUCCUUCACGGCGGGCAAGGCCCCGCGCCGCAGCCUGUCGGUCAUGCUGGUGCGCAACCGGGACGAGGUGCAGGCGCUGGCGUUCGACGAGCAGCGCAGGCCGGGCACGCGCCGCGCCGCCAGCCAGAGCGCCCUGCUGCAGCUCGACUACGGGGACACGGUGUGGCUGCGGAUGCACGGCGCCCCGAAGUACGCGCUGGGCGCGCCGGGGGCCACCUUCAGCGGCUACCUGGUGUACCCCGACGCCGACGGGCCCGCGCUCCCCGGCGACGACCCGCGAUCGGCCUUCUCCGCGGCCCGCACCACCAGCCUGCUGGGCUCGGACGACGCGGCGCCCGGCCGCCCGCCGCACCCCCGGCCGCCGCGGCCGCUCACCUUCGACGCCGAGCUGGUCAACAUCGGCGGCGACUUCGACGCGGCGGCCGGCCUGUUCCGCUGCCGCCUGCCCGGCGCCUACUUCUUCGCCUUCACGCUGGGCAAGCUGCCCCGCAAGACGCUGUCGGUGAAGCUCAUGAAGAACCGCGACGAGGUGCAGGCCAUCAUCUACGACGACGGGGUGUCCAGGCGCCGGGAGAUGCAGAGCCAGAGCGUGAUGCUGGCCCUGCGGCGCGGGGAUGUCGUGUGGCUGCUGAGCCACGACCAUGACGGCUACGGCGCCUACAGCAAUCACGGCAAGUACAUCACCUUCUCCGGCUUCCUGGUGUACCCCGACCUGGCCCCGACCACCUCGGCUUUGGUGGCUGCAGGAGUGCCCGGAGUGCCGGGCUUGAGGCCUCCCGAGCUCUGA